AAACCUAAAUACAGGUAUACCGUCAUCUGGUGGAUCCGCCAUUUCAGCGUGAACAUUGUUUCCUCCUGGAACCGGCGUGUUUCAGAUUGUAAUUUACUGGUGCAAAAAUGAACGCGCCUCCAGCUUUCGAGUCAUUUUUGUUAUUUGAAGGAGAAAAAAAAAUUACAAUAAUUAAAGACACCAAGGUGCCAAAUGCUUGCCUUUUCACACUGAACAAGGAGGACCACACACUUGGCAACAUUAUAAGAUCCCAGCUGCUGAAGGACCCUCAGGUGCUGUUUGCUGGGUAUAAGGUCCCCCAUCCACUGGAACACAAAAUCGUAAUUCGUGUCCAGACGACCCCAGACUACAGCCCCCAGGAGGCCUUCACCAAUGCCAUCACCGACCUCAUCAGCGAGUUGUCCUUGCUGGAAGAAAGAUUCAGGGUGGCCAUCAAAGACAAACAGGAAGGGAUUGAAUGAAGGCUGUAGUCAAAUGGGGUUCCUGUUCUCAUUAUCCUCCAAAUCUUUGAACUUGCAUUGACAAGGAACAUAAAUGUAAUUUUAAAAAAUUUGAACGGCAACUUGUUAUGCUAAGUGCUCUUCAGUCUACAAACUGAAUACCUCUGGAUUCAAAACACAUUGACGUAAAGGCUAUGGAUGGACCACGCCAAUUAAUAUUUUCUUUUAACUUGCAGUCAAAAUGUUCUGUGGAAAUUGACCCAUCUUAAUUUUGUAAUGCAGGUUUUUCUUCCAUUUCUCCUCCCAUGAGAAAAGGGGGCCACAUGAUGCAAUAAAUCUUGGAGCUUAUUUGAAAUAAUUGUGAAAUUCAAAAUUCAAACCAUUCAAGUACCUUGCAAUCACAAACUCCAGAUGUUUAUUGCUUAGUGGUUCUGUUUUACUCAUUAAUGCCUAUUACAGAGGUUUGUUUUUUGUGAAAUAGUAUGUUUUGAUUUGUUGUAAAUACAAUUAAUGAUGUACUUCAGUUUUUCAAAUAAAAUAUUUACCUUUG